GGCCACAAUCUUAUCAGCGCCUCUGUAGAAAAGAGAUGGAUUGGAUCUUCCGGUUUAUCUCCCUGACACCGCAGGGUCUGAAUGAAUCCCUGGAAUAUACUAGUUAUUAAUCCAGUUAUUUCACAUUAAAUCCCAGUGACCGAGAUACAAUCAAAGAAAUUAUACAGAAACAUUACCCAGAAGACGGAUGAGAGGAAGUGGGGGGUGUCAGAGCCGGCUGAGAUCCCGACCCUGAUAAAAUAACUGCUUCUACAAAGCUUCUGAAGAUCACAGGAGCCUCCUGCCUUUCUGUGCAGGACUCUCUUCUUUUUAGAGCCAAUGGUCCUUUCCAUGAAGAACCCACCAAGGAUGGAGAAGGACAGAGACCACAUGGCUGCAAGGAUAUUAGACCUCACCCUGGAGAUCAUCUCCUUGAUAACUGGAGAGGAUUACACAGUAGUGAAGAAGUCGUCUGGUGAGUGUGUGACACCCCGUGUGUCAGGAGGAUGGAGCAGGACCCAGAGCCCCAUCACCGAGCCUCCACCUCAUUCCCUGAUACAUGAGCAGAAGAUCCUAGAACUUACCACCAGGAUCACUGAGCUGCUGAGCGGAGAGGUUCCUAUAAGGUGUCAGGAUGUCGCUGUCUAUUUCUCCAUGGAGGAGUGGGAGUAUUUAGAAGAACACAAGGAUCUGUACAAGGACGUCAUGAUGGAGAAUCACCAGUCCCUCACAUCACCGGAUGGAUCCAGUCAGAGAAAUCCACCAGAGAGAUGUCCCAGUCCUCAGUAUUCCCAGGACUGUCCAGGGGAGAAACCAAAUAUCCCACUGGAUCAUCAGGAAAGUUCUGGUGAAACGACGAGUGGACUUGAACAACCCAUCUCAGUGUCUGUGAAUGUGGAAGACGGGAUGAGCGACUCCUAUAGACAUCUCCAUUUAUCUUCCCAUCAUGAAGCAGUAGAUAACAAUACCACACAAGAUGAUUCAAUAACUCCUAAUGUACCCUCAGUCCUUCACAGCAGAGAUCUAUCCACUGAUACCGCUGGUCACAAGAAACCUUCAUCCAAGCAAUUACUGAUUGGUAAAACAAGAAGUAAACAGAAAUGUGGGAACAUUUUUUCUAGUGAGAAACGUUUUAAAAAGAAAUGUAAUAGAGAUAAUGGGCCAUUUUCAUGUCUUGAAUGUGGAAAAUCUUUUAGCAUGAAAUCUAUUCUAGUUAAACAUCAGAGAACUCACACAAGGGAGAAUCCAUAUUCAUGUCCUGAAUGUGGGAAAGGCUUUAUCAAUCAAUCAACUUUUAUUCAACAUCAGAGAACUCACACAGGGGAGAAGCCAUAUUCAUGCCCAGAAUGUGGGAAAUGUUUUAGUCUGAAAAUGUGUCUUGUUGGACAUCAGAGAACUCAUACAGGGGAGAAGCCAUUUUCAUGUCUUGAAUGUGGAAAUUGCUUUAGUCGGAAAUCAAGUCUUGUUGCCCAUCAGAGAAUUCACACAGGGGAGAAUUCAUUUUCAUGUCUUGAAUGUGGAAAGUGCUUUAGUUGGAAAUCAGGUCUUGUUGCCCAUCAGACAACUCACACAGGGGAGAAGUCAUUUUCAUGUCUUGAAUGUGGAAAGUGCUUUAGUCGGAAAUCAAAUCUUGUUGCCCAUCACAGAACUCACACAGGAGAGAAGCUGUAUUCAUGUCCUGAAUGUGGGAAAGGCUUUAACAGUCAACAUAAUUUUACUAAGCAUCAGAGAACUCACACAGGAGAGAAGCCAUUUUCAUGUUCAGAAUGUGGGAAAAGUUUUAGUCAAGAAUCAGAUCUUGUUAGACAUCAGAGAACUCACACAGGGGAGAAGCCAUUUUCAUGUUCAGAAUGUGGGAAGUGUUUUCGUGUGAAGUCAUUUCUUAUACGACAUCAAAGAAUUCACACAGGGGUGAAGCCAUUUUCAUGUUCAGAAUGUGGGAAAUGUUUUAGUCAAAAAUCACAUCUUGUUAGACAUUAUAGAACUCACACAGGGGAGAAGCCAUUUAUGUGUCUUGAAUGUGGUAAGUAUUUUGGUGCGAAAUCAAUGCUUAUAAGACAUGUAAGAAGUCAUAUAUAAGAGAGAGAAGCCAUUUUCAUCUUCAUGUUGAGGAACAUGAAAGACUCCACUUAGAGGAGAAUCUAUUUUCAUGUUCACAAUGUGGGAAAUGCUUUAAGACUCAAACAAGUUUUUUUCGGCAUCAGAGAACCCAUACAGUGGAGAAGCUAUUUUCAUGUCUUGAAUGUGGAAAGUGCUUUGGUCUGAAAUCAUAUUUUGUUACACAUCAGAGAACUCACAUAGGAGCACAUCAGAUAACUGAAAUAGAAGAGAAGCCAUUUAUGUGUCUUGAAUGUGGGAAGUAUUUGACGGUGAGAUUAAGUCUUAACUAUCAUCUAAGAAGUCACACAGGUGAGAAGCCAUUUUCAUGUCUUGAAUGCGGGAAAUGUUUUGGUCAGAAAUCACAUCUUGUUAGACAUCAGAGAAGUCACACAGGGGAGAAGCCAUUUAUGUAUUCUGAAUGUGGGAAGUUUUUUGGUGUGAAAUCAGUGCUCAUAAAACAUCUAAGAAGUCACACAAGAGGGAAUCCAUUUUAACGCUCAGAAUGUGGAAAACGUUUUAGCCAGAAAUCAAAUUUUGUGAAACAUCUAAGAACCCACUUAGGAGAGAAGCCAUUUUCAUUUCUUGAAUGCGGUAAAUCUUUUGCUAUAAAGCAAUUCUACUUAGACAUCAGAGAACUCACACAAGGGAGAAGCCAUUUUCAUGUUCAGAAUGUGGGAAAUGUUUCACCUGUCAAGCAAGUGUUUUUUGACAUCACAGAACUCACAACCCAUAUGAGAAGCCAUAUUUAUGUGGGAAGUCUUUUAUUCAGAUAUCAAGUCUUGCUAAACAUGAGAGAAUUCACUUAGAAGAGAAGCCAUUGUAAUUUUCAGAUUGUAAGACAAGGGAGAG